AUGUGGCCCUGCUUUGGCUUACACGCUCUUCUUGUAGUGGCUGCUACCCUGAGUCCUGCGACUGUUGUGGCACAGAGUGAAAACGAUGUCACUGGAGGUGUCUAUCCCCCUCUGUGGGACCUGGCCCCCGAAAGCCUGCUGGAUUUCCCAGUAAAGGACAACAAAAUUGUCAUCAGUGCUUGGAACUAUCAAGGUCGACUGGGAGUGUAUAAGAGUUUGCUGAGUGCUUCAGCCAAAUAUUUUGAUGCCUUUGGACCCCAAAACAGUGGCAAUAUUCUCUGGGGAUUACCACUGCAGCAUGGAUGGCAAUUUCGUACAGGUAGGUUAGCAGAUCCUUCUGGUGUGACUUCCUGUGGGUAUGAAAAUGGAGAGAUCCUGUGCCAAUCUGUAAGAAGCUGGUGGUCCUGUAUGAAUUACUAUCUGUCCAUUAUACCCUUUCUGGGGGCAGUGGAGGCUGGUCUCUUUGGGCAGCUGCCAUAUGAGAUAGAAAUAUUGCCACCAGAAGAGCAAAAAGAUGAUUUCUGUUACAGCGUUAAAGACUGCCGGUCUCGCAUGCCCAAGCUCAUGGAUGACUGGAAGGCCUUUUUUGAAUAUCUGUUAUCUACAGAAUACGAAGCUCUGAGCUCUGCCAGCCUCUCCUCCUUCAAAAUGGACGAUGCCCUUGGCCUCAUGUGGAAGGCACACACCUCCUCCAUUGCUUACGCACUCCCCAAAUUCCAGGACAGCUUAAAAUAUCUCUCUGAUCCAGAAGCACAUUUUGGUGAAGACUGGGCUAAUGCUGUAGAUUUCAUUGCCGCCACACACUUCAGUACAGACUUAGUGACCACAAACGAGUUCCAGGCUUUCCUGCCCCAGAGGAUGCUUGUUGAAGGGGAUGUUCUCCCAUCCAUUAGUGAUUUCAGUCCAGGGCAAAAUAAGGUCCUGGUGUCACUGAGAGCUCUUCACAAAGUAAAUAAAAUGACAGGAGGACUGCUGCUGAAGCUCUGGCAAAAGGCUAUGUCCACAGAAGCAGGAAGAAAAAAGGGCCGAGAACUGAUUGAAAGCUUGCCUUUGAGCCAGAAGUUCGAACUCCUUGACCUAAUAGGAUUUUAG